AUGAAGAUUUUGUCAAUUGCUGUCUUAGCUUGCCUAUUUUCUGGUAAACUAAAUGCGUUAACAGUUCCAAAUCCAAUUAAUUUUCAACAACCAUUGAAUUUGAAAUUUGAUAAAUUGAUAAAAGAAAAUAAUUAUUAUAAUAUAAUUUCAAAUUUACUCAAUGCACCUUUGGAAGAAUUAAAUGAAGAAAGAAAACUAAUUUGGAAAGAAUUGGAGAAUAAUUCAAAAUUUAAUGAUUAUAUGAAAUUUUUAACUACUUCAACAAAAAUAAAAAUUUCUACUACUACUCAAAAUUUUGACUAUCAUGUAAAAGAUGAUAGAUUUCCACAACACCAAUUAAGAGUUAAAAAUAUACCAGAAAGUUUAGGAGUUGAUUCAGUAAAACAAUAUUCAGGUUAUUUAGAUAUUGAAAAAGAAGAUAAACAUUUUUUCUUUUGGACAUUUGAAAGUAGAAAUGAUCCAAAAACAGAUCCAAUAAUUUUAUGGUUAAAUGGAGGUCCAGGUGGUUCAUCAUCUAUAGGAUUAUUUUUUGAAUUAGGACCAUCUUCAAUUGAUAAAAAUUUAAAUCCAAAAUAUAAUCCAUAUUCUUGGAAUUCAAAUGCUACUGUUAUAUUUUUAGAUCAACCUGUUAAUGUUGGAUAUUCUUAUUCUUCAAAACAAGUAUCAAAUUCCAUAACUGCUGGUGAAGAUUUUUAUAUAUUUUUGGAAUUAUUUUUCAAAAAAUAUCCUCAAUUCAAAAACUUAAAUUUUCAUAUCACUGGUGAAUCUUAUGCUGGUCAUUAUAUUCCAGUUUUUGCUACUGAAAUAUUAAAACAUAAAGAUAGAUCUUUUAAUUUAUCAUCAGUUUUAAUUGGUAAUGGAUUAACUGAUCCUUUAAAUCAAUAUGAAUUUUAUGAACCAAUGGCAUGUGGUAAAGGUGGUUCACCAAGUGUUUUACCUGAAUCAGAUUGUAAAAAAAUGAGAGAUGCUAUACCAAAAUGUAAAUCAUUAAUUUCGAAAUGUUAUAAUACAUCAUCUAUUUGGGACUGUGUACCUGCUACUGUUUAUUGUAAUGAUAAUGAAUUUGGACCUUAUGGAACUUCAGGUAAUAAUGAUUAUGAUGUUAGAAAACCUUGUGAUGAAGGUGCUGAUUUAUGUUAUGAAGAAGCUAAUUAUAUAAAUGAUUAUUUAAAUAAACCAGAAGUUUUAAAAGCAUUAGGUGUAGAAGUUGAAAAUUGGAAUUCAGUAAAUAAAGAAUUAAAUGGUGCAUUUUUAUAUACCGGUGAUUGGAUGAAACCAUAUAUUAAUAAUGUUGUAACUUUAUUAGAAAAUAAUAUUCCAGUUUUAAUUUAUGCUGGUGAUAAAGAUUUUAUAUGUAAUUGGUUAGGUAUUCAAGCUUGGACUAAUAGAUUGGAAUGGUCAGGAUCAAAAGAAUUUAAUAAAGCAUCAAUUAGAAAAUGGAAAGUUAAUGAUAAAUAUGUUGGAGAUGUUAAAAAUUUUAAUCAUUUUACAUUUCUAAGAGUAUUUGAUGCUGGUCAUAUGGUUCCAUAUGAUCAACCUGAAAAUUCGUUGGUAAUGUUGAAUAAUUGGCUACAAGGUGAUUAUAAAUUUUAA